AUGGGUUAUCGAGGCUGUACAUCCGAAAAAAAAUGUCCGGAAAAAAAAAAAAAAACCUGGAACGGAGCGAUCAGCCCAAAAAUCCAUAGGAAUCUGAAACGACUGGACAAUAGUUUCGCCAACUGCCUCGCCCCGAGUCCGCGACAUACGCAGAAGCACACACACACACACACACACACACAGACACACACUCUUGGGGGUUUUGGGAGCGUUGAGGCCCCCAACGUGCCCUCUUGGAUGACGACUAUGGAAAAUGGCACCGCGAGUGCCACGGACCUGCGCAGUGUCGUCGAACAAGCCGCACGCGAAGAUGCCCCAGUCACUACAGUCGUUGUUGCACUGGAAACUUUAGCGUACUGGUGCCAUGGCCGAGGAAAACCGCUGCAAUCACGUGUCGUUGAUGCAGCGGAUCGGGAGCUUUUUCUCACCUCCGGUGCGCUCACAGAGCUCCUGGAACUGGUUCUCUCGCGUUGCCCUCUGGCUGCCUUCGGAACGCGUGAGCGAGCGGCACUCAGUGUUGCAUCCAUGUUCCGCUUUGGGCCCGCUGGACAGGUAGUGCUCGCUGUGGACAGAGCGUUGCGACGGGUGCAGCGACUUGCGAGCGACCCUGUGGUGCGCGAACAGCGAGCAAAGUGGAUUGCUUUCGAGUUAUUCGAAAAGCAUUUCGUGCGUGUUCCAGGGUGUCUCCUUGGGGCACUAGCUGGCGUGCGCUAUCGUGCCACGGAACCACGUUGCCUUACCGUGGACCGUGAGGCAGACCCCGAUACCGUUCUUCGGUCUCUGCUAGCCAUGCCGGACAUCGUCACGAACGUCCUUCAAUGCGCACUCCCUGAGACGUGUACGCUACAUCCACAGCGCUAUCCGCACUGUCUCGCUUGGACGGUUACCGAAUGGUUAUUGACACUUUGUUCAUCGCAGUACGCUUCGAUGGGAGUAGAGAAGCAGCAGCUAAUUUGGUUGACAAAUGAAGCACUGGCUUCAAAUGUUGUCGCAGAGGUUAGCGGCUCGCUCUCAGCGCUGGACCUGCACGAAGACGACACGACGUAUGGAAGCGCAGUGAUGCUGUCGAUGCCGUCGCCACAAGACGCCUACGCUUUCGGUUCCAGUGCAUUGGAGACGCUUAUGGACAUGGCGGGAAGACUCGGGAGGCAUCUCUGUCGUCGAAGAUGCAUCACAGCCUGGUGUCAGGUUGCGAUCCGAGCGUUGAUCGCACUAGAGCGCCAGCUCAGUGCCUCACAGGCCGACUACUGGAAACGUUGUUGCAUGGAGAGCUUCACUGCGUUGCCAGAUCGCUAUAUUGCACCACUCAUGGAGCAAUUUGCCAUUCUGGGAUGCAAGGGUCCAGAUCAACAUCAAGUGGCGGCGAUUGCAUAUCUGGAGUAUUUGUGUAGAACUCGAGAUACUGCGGUGGCCUUUGUAUCGAAAACACUUCCGUCAUCGAUGCCCAAGGCUACAUCCAUGCUAUCACCUCUGGCGGCGCCCGGGGACCAGAGAAUUCUCCUUUUCCUGUUACGCAGUUGCAGAGAUGUGGUCGAGACGUCACACUGGAGAACAGCAUUGACGCUCGCGCUCAAGCGUUGGAUGCAAACCGCGCGGACGGCCGCGUUGUGGGCGGAGGAUCUCCAUAUAACUCGAAUGCUUCUGUUCCUGGCGCAAGCGAGUUGUUCUGGUGACCCGGAGCAUUCAUGCUCCCGAACUGAAUCGUGCGAAUCAUAUGGAGUGGAUUGGUUUGUGCUCUUGGGCGAAGGAGUCAAAGAACAUCUCGCGGGAGCGCUGCCAGAGACGCAUUUCCAUGGAAUGAUCGUUGGCGAGACAGUAUCGAGAAUAUGGGACCCGCCCGGCAAGAGCAUGCAGUUUGACAUUGCCGCCUACGAGGCUUGGAAAGCUAGCGACCCUGAGCUGCUGCAACCUUGGAUCGAAGCGACCAAGGAGCCACUGCUCGCGCAGCACCAGCAGCACCAGCAUCCAGUUGACGGGGGAGUUGCGACUGGGACGCCACCCUCCGAAGGCACCUCGUUGUGCGCACCUUCGACACACGCUGUGGCCACAGUGGGAGUCAGGUCACCAGCUGUCGCCGACGAGAACGAUAACGACGACCUGAAACCGUAUCCAAUGCCGGCUGAUGAACUCGCGAUUGAUCCUCAUUCGGAGCCGCGGGAAGACGGUACUGGAUCAUGCGCUCAGGAGACACUUGGGCUACCGCAAACAUUCGAGACGCUUUAUCGAGCGCUGGCCGCGGAGGUGCGGCACGAACCUUUCGGUGCCGAGGCAGCACUCCGGGGGCCUAGCUCCACAACACCCCAGGAUUCAACGCCCACGUCGACGAGCAUACCCACGCAGCGUGUGCUGUGUCAACUCGAACAACUUAUCGAACGCGACGUUGCAGGUCUUGAAUAUUGGGCGAUGCCUAUGCUUCAGCUGCUGCACCGACUGGGCACCGGCUCCUCGUCCACAUCGAUCGCACGCGACUGCGCUGCACUUUGCAGAACAAUCGCAGUCCAUGCAUUCUCUUCCAUUGCAGUACCUGUAGCAAAACUCGUCUUCAGUCAGAAUAUGACGCUGACAGAGCGAAGCGAGUGGCUCGAGAUCCUCGCGAACAGCGUCGAAACCCUUCUGAACACCCAAUACACCGCACGAAAGCCAACACAGCGAGGCGCAGCGGAAGCAACCUCGCCGACACCCGAAGGCCAUCAAGACCACCAGAUAUGCAGCCGCGUCAGGCGCGUUUCGGUGCGCUCGCUGCAUCAAACAAAAGCACGGCAAAGCGAGUCUUUCGCGAUGUCUCAGCGUGCGGUAUUCACUGCAGCUGCAGGCGCUUGCGACGCGUCUGGGCAAACGUCACUUCACACCCAGCCGGCACUCCACUUCCAUGCCAUGGUGCAGGCGUUCUUUGAAUUACUCGCUGGGGCGGACACCGAGGAGCCCUGGCUCGAUCUCUGGCGACGGGAUCAAAUGCUUCUGGCGCAACUGGUACAGACAUGUGCUCUGGUACUGCACUGUGCGCAAGGGCCGGGCUCUCUUUGUAUAGGUGCGGUGACUCGUCUCGCCAGCAUGGGACAAGCGCUAGCGCAACUGGCAUACACAGCGCGAACUUGCUCGGAUGCUGCAGUGCAUCGGGCGUGUGUACUCGCAUUCAACGCUGUUUACGAGAUUCUUUUGCGAAUUCGUGAAGCGUACGGUAUUCAAAGUUUCCGGCAAUUGGAGCACUGGUGGAGAUCGAACCAAAGCAGCUCCAAUGUAUCGCUAGAGCAUAUCGCGCAACUCCUUGAACGCUGGUCCAGUGAUGCGCAGGACAGCGCAACACGAGAGCUCGCUCAAGCACUCCUACCCUGUUUCCAUGAUGACGGACGGGCGCAACGAAUCGCGUGA